CUAGUCAGCAGAUGUGGGCCAGACUGUGGGGAGAGGGAACACCCAGCUGAGAAUUGAAUCUUUGCCUGUCAGUGUUAUAGACCAGAUUGGGGAAGGGAGGGAGACAGAGAGAGAGAGAGAGAGACAGAGAGAGAGAGAAAACGAUGGAGAUUUCAAAUAAACUGCUUUCCACACAGUGCUGCUCCUACGUACUGGCUCUGCUCUUCUCCCUGUUUGUGGUGGUGCCCCUGGCAGAGAACGGACGAGAAUUCAAAGGGAGGUGCCUGCUCUUCAGCCGGGCCUUCUGGAGGGAGGAGAACAGCACUGGCUCACUCAUCAAUCGCUUCGUGGUGGAGGAGUGGGGGCCUGCAGCUGCCUGCCAGUUCUGUACCUUUGUGGGAUUCUUCACCCUCAUCUUCUGCGCGGUGCAGGCUUGGCGCACCCUGUUCUACCUCUGCAAGGGGCACGAUGAUACAUUCUUCUCCGCCUUCCUGACCCUGGUGCUGAGCUGCUCGGUGCUGUUCCUCACCAUCGUGGCCUGUGUGAUGAUCAGCGUGGGCUUCAACAUCUGGUGUGAUGUGGUCACUGACCAUGGCAACAUGCCCAUGAGCUGUGAGGAGAUCCAGUCAGUGAACCUGCACCUCGACGUGGACACAUCUGCCUUUUAUGUCCACUUCAGGAUUGCACAGUUCGGCCUGUGGAGUAUUUGGACCAUUUGGGUGCUGCUGGGCGUGCUUGCCUUCCUGAAGGUUUACCGGAAUUACAAGCGCAAAGAGCUGGCUCGCUGCCUGUCCCGGGAAAAGGAGCUGCUGCUUGACCGUUCGCUGCACAGCCGGCCCCUGUCCGAAGAGCAGGCUGACCUCCCCAGCGUCUUCAUCUGAGGUGACCGCUGCCCCCCGUGGGUCAAUACUGGGCACAGAGGCAAACGCUGCAGACCAAUGUAUCCCUGGGCAAGCCUGGAGCCUUGGGCCUAUAUAAAUAGCCUUUAGUGGGAAUAGACAAGUCAGUGACCCCUGCCCUGUCCAGGCACGAGGAGUUAACCACUCAGAUAUUUUUGUUUGCAGUUUGCUUUGUGGGACGCUCCAGAGUUCUGCCUUGCCUGGCCCCUACACAGUAUCAGCUUGUCGUCAGCAGUUCGGUUUCGUCACCUUCCGAUUUUAUUACCCCCAGCCCACUGCCCGUGAGGUCAGGUCAGUGAUUGUGAAGUUCGACCGUGAGGGGCCGUCACGGUUUCUGACGCACGUUUCUGACCACCCCCCCUCCUCUUUCUCUGGGAUGCUGGAGAUCAGAGUCGAGAGAGCGGUGCUGGAAAAGCGCAGCAGGUCAGGCAGCAGCCGAGGAGCAGGAGAGUCGACGUU